AUGACUGCCACCAAUCUAGACAGAGAUGACGUUGCUGACGGCAGAAAACGUGCAGUAUUACUACAUUGUUUAGGGAUCGAGGGACAGCGAAUCUUCCAGUCUCUUGGCGAUUGUCCUACGUAUAAGGUUGUCGUGGAUAAACUCGAGUCGCACUUUGGUCCUCGAAAAUCCGUUAUCCUGGAAAGGCAUCGAUUUCGUCAGCGUGGACAGCGUCCUGGUGAGUCAAUAUCGAGUUAUGCUGCUACUUUGAACGAACAUGCUGCCAAAUGUAAUUUUGGUACACUCACAGAUGAAAUGAUCAGAGAUCAGCUGAUUGAGAAAACGCAUACUCCACGUAUUAGAGAAAGGUUACUAAUGGAGCCAGACACGUUAACUUUGCAUAAAGCCACAACUUUAGCUGAACAAAUUGAAAACUCUUUAUCUGAUUCACAUGUGAUUGCGUCUGACACAGUGUCACUCGAACCAAACCCAGUAAAAGUAAAACUAAAGAAAAACCCAAAAUACAAGGUAUUAACAAGAGACAGCACAACAGAAAUCGUACUCAAAACAACUACCGUAAUAGGAAUCGGGCCACACAAAAUAAACUUUCAGGUUGCCGCAACUGUGGUACUAAUAACCAUACUACACGUCACUCAGACUGCCCAGCCAACAGACAAGAGUGCAGAAAUUGUCAUAAAAUUGGUCACUUUGCACGAAUGUGUAGAAGCUAUGCAACUACAAAGACUCAACCUAGUGCUAGACCUUGGUGCUAAGGUUUCCAUCUUGAAUGAGGAAUUGUACAAACAACACUUCAAAGCUAUACCACUGCUACCAACUAGACAAAUGUUAACCAGCUACAAUGGAGUACGCGAGGAAGUUUCAAAGGAAUUGAGUGGUCUUGAGAAUUUGGACAUUAUUGAACGCAUUGAUACUUCUCUGUGGAUUUCAAAUUUAGUUGUUGCAUGCAGAAAGUCCGGUGAUAUUAGACUUUGUGUAGACUUGCAAGAUGUAAACAAAGCCAUUAUACCAGAUAAGUAUCCCCUACCUGACCUUGGUGAACUCACCUCCGAAUUUCAUGGAUCCAGAGUAUUCACGAAAUUGGAUUUGCGUCGUAGCUACCUACAAGUACUACUUGCCGAAGACAGUUGGAACCUCACAGCAUUUAUAACACAUGAGGGUGUCUUCCAGUAUAAGCGCAUGCCAUAUGGACUUUCAUCAGCACCAAGCGCCUUCCAAAAGAUACUUGCUUCUGUUCUUAGUGACUGUGAGGGAGCUGUACACCUGAUUGACGAUGUUGCAAUCCAUGGUGCAAACCAAGCAGAACAUGACCAGCAUCUUAACACAGUGCUAAACAAACUGAGAAAGUACAAUUUAACACUCAAUAGAGAUAAGUGUGAGUUUUCGAAAGAUGAGAUUGAUUUUGUUGGCUACAGAGUAUCAGCGUCUGGUGUGUUACCAUUACAGUCCAAUACGAAAGCAAUUAUGGAUCUCCCCGAGCCUGCCAAUGUCAAGGAAUUGCAAUCAUUUCCUGGUACGACAAACUUCUAUUGA